AUGUUCUACAAGAUCCUGCAUGGGUUUAAGGAGCAGGUGAGCCGGCAGGAGGAGGGUGAACGGGAAACUCAUCCAUCUGUGUAUUGCACUGCCCUGAUCUGGGGGAGGGAGGGGGACGCUCCCCCUGAUGGACGGCCCCCACGCCCUAGGGAGGGUGGGCGGGAGGGAGGGAGGGACAGGGAGACACCUCUAGAUUAA